UUACUUAGGCAGAACUCGGAGUGCAAGCGGCACUUCAGCUCGGGACCCUGUAGCUGCCAGCUCUCUGAGUUCUGUCCUCAUUUCUGGAACCUGAUGUCAGAGAGCCAGCAAGAACAAAGGAGCCAGCCCCUGAGGCUCAUUGACGGCUCCCGCUUUUCAUGAGUGUCCCUGUGGGAUUCGCACCUCUUCUCUGUCCCCUCCGGUAAGGGGAGGUGCAAUGGCCGUGGCCCGUCCCCAGUGGCGUGAGUACUUCCUGUUUCUGAGCACCAUGAUCCUCGUGGCUGUGGUCAUCUCCCUGCUCUUCUAUGCCCUGCUCUGCAAGGACGGCAACAUCACCGACCUGCCCCACCUGAGACUCGGCUUCUACAGCUUCUGCCUCUGGAACGAGGACACCAGCUCCCUGCAGUGUCUCCAGGUCCCUGAGCUGGAGGCCCUUGGGGUGCCUCAGGUGGGCCUGGCUCUGGCCAGACUCAGUGUGUACGGCGCCCUGGUCCUCAUGCUCUUUGUCCCCAUGCCUCUCCUCCUGGCCUGGUGUAACCGGAACAAGGCAGAGUGGCAGCUGGCGGUGGGCUUCAUGGUGGUGUCCUCCGUGUUGCUGCCAAGUGGCCUGGGCCUCUUCCUCUCAUACGUGUGGCAGUGGAUCAGGGCCUCUCUGUUGGGGCCUGCCUUUCUGGCUCUGGGCAUGGCCGAGGCCUUACUCAUCCUCGUGCUCACAGCCACAGCUGUGUUCUCUCCGAGGGUCCAGAAGGAUACGUGUGCACUUGAGAGCUGCUAGUCCAGGCUUCGGGCUGAUGCUAUUGCAAGGGCUCAGACCCUGAGAAGCUAUGGCCUAACCAUACUGUUACAGCUCAAUGCCAACCUCCUGUUGCAAUGAAGGGGCCUACCAUGAGCAGGUGGGGCCCCCAGGGGCCCAGAGGCAGCCAGGGUGGCUAGGGUAACUGCUGCUUCUUUCUGUAGGAUCUU